UUUGAAGCGCACGUAUCAUUUAUCCCGUUGCUGCCGUCUCAAUAGAAGUCAUGAACUGGACUAACGAGAAGGUUUUAAAAUACAUUGAAGCCUACAAAGAUAAAGACGUGUUGUGGAACCCAGCACACAAGAACUAUUACAACAAGAACUUAAAACAGGAGGCAUGGGACGAACUGUCCGUGGAGAUGAACUGUUCAGUUCAUGAACUUAAAAAGAAGAUGGACUAUUUGUUGGCAGCGCUGCGUCGUGAGAAGGCAAAGAUAAAGAAAUCUAACGUACCUGGAGUAGGUCCUGCCGAAGUCUACCAGUCCACUUGGUACCCCUUCAAAUACAUGCAGUUCCUGUUCUACAGAAAUAAACCUCGCCAGAGAAUGAAUACUGAACAGGAAGAUCAAGAAAUGCACAAUACACGGACUCCUUCAAUCGAUACAGUUUCGUCUGCAGAGCAAACUGUCAGCAAUAACACAAUAGAUUCUUCCACAUCCUCAUUGAAGCACAAAUUGAACAAGUUCAUGGUAUGUGCCGAGGCUAAUGACAUAAGAUCGGCGUCCACAACUGAUUUCGCCAAAUCUUCUGCUUCUAAAGUAGUUCUCGCUUCUGAAGCUUCAGCGGUUACUGAAUUAGAUGAAUAUCAACUUUACGCUAAUUAUUUAGCUGCUAAAUUUAGAACUUAUUCUAAAUUAACCUAUAUUGAUAUACAGCAUCAAAUAAACAACCUUUUGUAUCACUCGGAUUGUGAGCAAUAUGACUAUAGAUGCGGAUAUUCCUCUAAUCAAAGAUUUUCGGGGUACCCUCGGCGAGAUUCUCCUCCACCACAGAUACCGACCACAGUUGAGGAUCUAGUGCCAGAAAUGAAUAGCUCUCAAGAAUCUCCUUCGAAUUAUUCGUUCCAUCAACACGUGGAAACGAUUCAACGUAGUCCGUAACACGAGUAUGUAUGACUACAUACUGAUUUAUAUCUUUUGGAAACCUCGGUAAUCCAGCAGAAUAGUUCGCUGCUUUACUUUCCAGUGAUCGCAGGUUCUUGUGUCAGAUAUCUCUGUUUUUAACGAUUUCAGUAUUUUUAUAUAUGUGUGUAAAUAAUUGAAGUAUUGAAUUGAGUGUGAAAUAUUGAAAUGCCAAUCAA